AGAGGGUGGGCCGGCUAGGCAGCCAGAGGGAGGGAUCGCACCCGACACUCCGCCACGGAGACCGGCCAAGCGCCAGCACGCGCUCAGGUGUCCCCCCACCGCCGACGGAGCGGACUGAGAAACCCCCCGCGCGACGCGGAGACCGGCAAGGGGUGAGGCAAUGGGCAGCCCUGAAGACGACUUGAUUGGGAUCCCGUUCCCCGAACACAGCAGCGAGCUGUUGGGGCGGUUGAACGAACAGCGCCGCCGGGGCGUCCUGUGCGACGUGACGCUGCGGGCCCAGGGCUCGGAAUACCGGACCCACCGGGCCGUGCUGGCCGCCUCCAGCCGCUACUUCCAGCGGCUCUUUGCGGGGCCGGGCAUGGGGGUGUGCGAGCUGGAUUUCGUGGGCGCCGAGGCCCUGGGGGCGCUGCUGGACUUCGCCUACACUGCCACGUUGACCAUCAGCACGGGCAGCCUGGCGGAGGUGCUGCGCGCGGCCCGCCUCCUCGAGAUCCCCUGCGUCAUCGCGGCCUGCAUGGAGAUCCUGCAGGGGAACGGCUUGGAAGCGCCCGUCCCUGACGAUGCCGCCCGGGAGCGGGCCCGGCGCUACCUGGAGGCCUUCGCCACCCUGCCCGCCGCCGAAGGAGACCUGGCUGAGCCGCCGGCCUGCCCGGCCCCGCGACGCAGCAAGAAACCCCGCAAGUUCCUGCAAGCCAAGGGCUCUCGCCUCAACAACCACUUUGUCGAGCUGUCUCCUUCGCCGUCGCCCUCCUCCACGGGGACGCAGGAGCGCCCCAGCCCUCCCAACCAGGCCUCUCCGGCGCCGGCCCUCAGCCACCCCCGCGAGGACGAGGAAGAAGUGAUCGCGCCGUCUCGCACCUUCCCGUACCCGUACGCCCCGGGCCUCUCUCCAGAGGAUCUGGGUUCGGACGAAGAACCCACCGAGCACGACAUCCUGGCUUACAUGCGUGCGCUGAACCCGGAGGGGCUGUCUCCGGCGCUCGACCCUCCGGACAAGCUGGUGCGCAAACGCCGCUCGCAGAUGCCCCAGGAGUGCCCCGUUUGCCACAAGGUCAUCCACGGCGCCGGCAAACUUCCUCGCCACAUGCGCACCCACACGGGGGAGAAGCCAUUCGCCUGCGAGGUGUGCGGGGUCCGUUUCACUCGGAACGACAAGCUCAAGAUCCAUAUGCGGAAGCACACGGGCGAGCGCCCUUACUCGUGCCCGCACUGCACGGCUCGCUUCCUGCACAGCUACGACUUGAAGAACCACCUCCACCUGCACACGGGGGCCCGGCCGUACGAGUGCUGCCUUUGCCACAAGGCCUUUGCCAAGGACGACCACUUGCAGCGUCACCUCAAAGGCCAGAACUGCCUGGAGGUGCGGACCAGGCGCCGGCGCCGGGGGGCUGAGGCCGAGGCCGACUCCUUGCCCUCCGCGGGGACGCCCCCGCCCUCGGCCGACCUCGACUUGACCAAUGGGCAAAUGGAGGGGCUGCGCCUCUCGCUCCCUCGCCACUACUGGGAUCAGGCCCGGGCCCACCACGCGCUGUCUCCCGCCUCCAAGGAAGAGGAGGAGGAGGAGGAAGCAGGGGACGACGGGGUUGCGGAGAAGGACGGGCCGCCCGCGAUGGAAACGGCGUAGGGCCCGGGCCUAGGCCUGCCUUGCUUGGACCAUUGCCAUGGCGAUUCUCUCUGAGGGGGACUCCCGUGGACUAGGCCAAGAUGCACUAAUGCGCCCACCCCGUCCGCUAUGCGGUUGCAGGAGAGACCAGGUGGUCGGCAUGGAGACGAGAUGCACUAUGCCCUUCCCCUCCCCAGUGCGCUGACUCUGUGCCUUUAGCAGCCUCUGAAAAGGGGAGGGGGGGGGUCAGUUAUGAACCAAAGUACAGGGGAGGGGACAGCAAAAGCAGGGUGGUGUGUCUAUGCUCAGGUUUGCAAAAUAAUCAAUUAAAUAGGGAUAGUACAAAAGGGGUAUAAUUUGGGGAAAGGGGGAGUACUAGGCAGCCCCCCCCCAUCUCUGCACUUUGGGGCUCUAUCCCCCAUGUUGGGAAGGGACGCAGGGGCAAAUGGGAGGGGAAACAGCCUUCUCCACGCGGAAAGCAUUGGGGUUGAUGAACUUCAGAAGAGGACCCUGAGGCCGGCAGGACU